AUGGCUCGAAAUUCUUGGAUUCCUCUUAGCAUCGUCCUCGCGGCUUUCCUCAUCAACGGCUGCCUCUCACUUGGCGAUCAGCAGUUUCUGUGGCAAAACCUCCAAAGCCAGCAGCAGCACAGGCUUCAGGCCCGGACUGACUGCCGGGUAGACCGGCUCACAGCCCAGGAGCCCACCCUGAAGUUCGAGUCCGAAGCGGGCCGGACCGAAUUCUGGGACCGUAACAACCAACAGUUUGAGUGUGCUGGGGUUGCUGCCGUCCGGAACUAUAUCGAGCCCAAAGGCCUUUUGCUUCCACACUACAACAAUGCGCCCCAGAUACUCUACGUAGUCCAAGGCAAGGGAAUUCAGGGGACUGUGAUUCCGGGGUGUGCCGAGACAUACGAAUCGGGCAGCCAAUCGCGGUACACAGGUGAGGGGAGUAGGUUUACGGACCGACACCAGAAGGUGAGACAGUUCAGACAAGGUGAUGUUCUUGCAUUGCCAGCUGGCCUAACUCUCUGGUUUUACAACAACGGAGACGAGCCCCUCAUCACCGUUGCCCUUCUCGACACCGGGAAUGAGAUCAACCAACUCGACCAAAAAUUCAGGAACUUCUUCCUAGCUGGGAACCCACGAGGCGGGCCCCAGGGCCAGAAAGGGCAGCAACAACAGGAAGAAUCCGACCGGAGCAACAUCUUCAGCUCGUUUGAUGACCAACUCCUAGCCGAGAUUUUCAACAUCGACACCAAAACCGCGCGGAACCUCAAGGGCCAAAACGACCAAAGAGGCCAAAUCGUGCGGGCCGAGAGGUUCAACGUCGUCCUACCCGAGGAAGGACUAGAGGAGGAGCGCAUGCGCGAGGGAAACGGGCUCGAGGAGACUUUGUGCACCAAGAAAUUGAAGACGAACAUAGACUCGCCCGCACACGCUGACGUGUACAACCCACGAGGCGGACGCAUCACCACCCUCAACAGCCAGAAGCUACCCAUCCUCAGUUGGCUUCGCCUCAGCGCCGAAAAGGGCAUCCUCUACAGAAACGCUGUGGUGGCGCCACACUGGAACGUGAACGCCCACUCGAUAAUCUAUAUCACGAGGGGUGGAGGGAGGUUCCAGGUGGUGGGGCAGGCAGGGAAGUCAGUGUUCGACGGAGAGGUAAGGCAAGGACAACUGAUAAUCGUGCCACAGAACUACGUGGUGGUGAAGAGGGCGAGCGAGGAGGAAGGGCUUGAGUGGAUUGCAUUCAAGACAAAUGACAAUGCCGUCACCAGCCAGCUGGCGGGCCGGCUGUCGGCAAUCCGGGGGAUACCGGAGGAGGUGCUCAUGAAUGCCUACAGAAUCUCGAGGCAGGACGCCAAGAAGCUCAAGUACGGGCGCGAGGAGUCCACGGUUUUCAGCGGUCGCAGCAGCAGGCCAAGGGCGUUCGAAGUGGCCAUGGACGUCAUCAAAUCAGUUAUGUGA